AUGCCUUCAUCCGAUUCAGUCGCAAUCUCACCACCACCAGCUCAAAAAGCUAAGGCUGGUGAGAUCUCCAAGGACAAGGAUUUAAAAGAUGCUCAGACGCAACCCGUCCAGAUCAUAGCAUCCUCGCAGGCCCAGGUUGUUAGGCAUCUCCAGCCAGCCUUACUUAUCUCCUUGUUCCUCGCCCGAUUCGAGGCUCUAGUGGCAGAUCCGGUAUCAGCCUUGUCGAGCUCUCUUCCCGUAGUUGUAGCCAUACAAAUCACAUACGCCGUCGUGUGUCUGCCCGCCGUAGGCUCUCAUGUUGCAAAGCCAGCUAAGAAGGCUCGGCCCGGAGAGAAGAAGAAGGCUGGGUUGGAGAGCGCGGGACCAAACAUAGCGGUUACAACACUUGUCGCCCUUAUACUAUCAGCCAUAGCAAGUCUGGCGGUGCAUGUCGUCUUUGUUCUCUUCGGCGCCCCUUUCUUAACCCACGUAGAGAAUACGUUCUUAUGCUCGGCGCAUCUGUCCGUCCUAGGUCUUUUCCCAUUGUUCUACACACGUGGUGUGUCGAGCAACGACUGGCAUGAGAUCCUGAGUGCCAGUGCCCCGUUCGACGAGGCGUUUGGCGGUCUCAUCGGCGCCUGUGUAGGAGCUUGGCUCGGCGCUGUCCCUAUUCCUCUGGACUGGGACCGGGAGUGGCAGAAGUGGCCUGUGACUAUAGUUUGUGGGGUUUAUGCGGGUUACUUGGUUGGAAAAUUACUAGGAGGCACCGUGGCCUUCGCAAAGAGGUUUUCUUAA